GAAGCCAGUUGGAGUCUGUAGAGAAUAGUGGAGACCUUGGGAACAUUAGAAUCAAUCCAGUGGUUGUACUCGUGGGGGUUGUGCAGAGCUCCUGAAGCUCCCAACCCAAAGCUUUUGGAAGGGACUAUGCCAACGUUCUGAGGCAGGCAGCACCUGGUAGAGUUAACACCAAAUGUUCCGGGUCGGGGUCUGCACAUUCAACAGCAGUAGCCUUCCUUUCUGGAGUGGAGACGCUACAAACUUACUUCCAGCCCCUGCUGUCUAUCUCUGCUCUUAAAACAUCACGGCCAAGAACCAGCCACACUUUCGCGCUCUCACUUUCCAAUUCCCCUCUUUUAUCGCGGUCUCCUAUCCUGGCUGUUCCUCUGUCCAUUCCUUUUACUCUCCUUUUCCCAUCUGCCUCCCUGCCUUUCCCCCUCCCCCUAACUUGCGCUCUCUGCACUUUGUGAACUGCUGCUGCAAGGCUGAAGUCCAAAGUUCAGUAACUUGCUAAGCACACGGAUAAAUAUGAACCUUGGAGAAUUUACAUUGCUCCAAUGUAAACAGAUAGCCAAGGGUCCCUUUAUCAGCACUGGCUCAGGACAGUCGUGGGGGGUCUGAAGCGGCUCAUUUUUGUAUUUUGUUUUUUUGGGGGGUGUAAAGGCGGGAGGCUAUGCCAUUCCACUCCGCUGACAGUCAGGCGUGCUACCUCAGGAAUAUGGUGUUGGGAUAGCCGGAGGCAGAACGAGUUGAAACUCAAAUUCAAGAGGCAUCAGACUGAAGACCAUGGUUGCAAAACUGAGCCAUCUUCAGGUGGAGUUGCUGGGAGCACUGCUGGAGUCAGGACUUACCAAGGAGACUCUGAUCAAAGCACUGGGUGAAGUAGAUCCCUAUCCGCUCCAGAGUGAAAGCCAGCGCGCCAUCAGUGCCAUUCAGGGAGAAAAAGGAGAACCCAGUGCUGAAAUUCCCAAUCUCCCUAAUGGGAUGGGGGAGUCCAGGUUAUCUGAGGAGGAAACCUCUGAUGAUGGGGAGGAAUUCACUCCUCCGAUAAUGAAGGAGCUGGAAAACUUAAGUCCAGAAGAGGCUGCUCACCAGAAGGCUGUGGUGGAGAGACUAUUACAAGAGGAUCCCUGGAGGGUAGCAAAGAUGGUGAAAUCCUACCUCCAGCAGCAUAACAUUCCUCAGAGGGAGGUGGUAGACACCACAGGUUUGAACCAGUCCCACCUCUCACAGCACCUCAACAAGGGCACACCCAUGAAGACACAGAAGAGAGCAGCCCUCUACACCUGGUAUGUCCGCAAGCAGCGAGAGGUGGCCCAGCAGUUCACACAUGCUGGUCAGGGCAUCCUGGCAGAGGAACCCAUGGGAGAUGACCUGCCUACCAAGAAGGGGAGAAGAAACCGCUUUAAGUGGGGUCCUGCCUCACAGCAGAUCCUAUUCCAAGCCUAUGAGAGACAGAAGAAUCCCAGCAAAGAAGAGAGAGAGGCACUGGUAGAGGAAUGCAACAGGGCAGAAUGUAUUCAGCGGGGUGUCUCCCCAUCCCAGGCCCAAGGGCUGGGUUCAAACUUGGUAACUGAGGUGAGAGUUUACAACUGGUUUGCCAACCGGAGGAAGGAGGAGGCCUUUCGACACAAGCUGGCCAUGGAUACCUACAGCACGCCACAGCCCAACUCUGCACCCUCACUGACAUCACACAGCUCUUCCUCCCUUCAGCCACCACCUGCUCUCUCACCCAGUAAAGUUCAUGGAGUGAGAUACAACCAGCAGCCAGCCAGUGAGCCAGAGUCAUCCAGCAGCAACCACCAUGGAAACAACUCUAUGGUGACUACGCAAACCAUUCUUCAUCAGGUCUCUCCACCUGGACUGGAGCCCAGCCAGAAUUUGUUGAGCACAGAUACUAAGCUGAUAUCAGCUCCCGGGGGGCCUCUCCCUCCUGUUAGCACACUCACUGCCCUGCAUAAUCUGGAGCAAAAUCCACACGCGCUGAGUCAGCAAACCCAGAACUUGAUUAUGGCAUCACUGCCUGGUGUGAUGGCAAUUGGAGCUGGUGAGACUUCAUCCUUGGCGCCAGCAUUCACCAACACAGGAGCCUCCACCCUGGUAAUAGGCCUGGCCUCAACCCAAGCCCAGAGCGUCCCUGUCAUAAACAGCAUGGGGAGCAGCCUCACCACCCUGCAGCCAGUUCAGUUCUCCCAGCAGCUCCACCCAUCUUACCAGCAGCCCAUCAUGCAGCAGGUCCAGAGCCACAUCAAUCAGAGCCCUUUCAUGGCUACCAUGGCCCAGAUACAGAGCCCCCAUGCUCUCUAUGGUCCCAAGUCAGAAGUGGCCCAAUACGCACAUACCGGCCUUUUACCGCAGACCAUGCUGAUAACAGACACGGCCAAUCUCAGCGCCUUGACUAACUUAACGCCAACCAAACAGGUGUUCACAUCUGACUCAGAGAACCACACAGAGUCUGGAAUCCACACACCAGUGUCGCAAACACAAACAAUACAUUUACAGAAUCAAGACACGACCAUUCAGCACCUUCAGCCAGGCCCUCGCCUCACCUCGAGCCCAGCUGCAUCCUCUAGCAGUCUGGUGCUCUACCAGAGCUCUGACUCCACCAACAGUCACAGCCACCUGCUGCCAUCUACUCACAGCGUUAUAGAGACCUUCAUCUCUGCACAGAUGGCAUCCUCCACUCAGUAACCAUGGGGACCAGCUCACGGGCAAGUGCCACAACCACA